ACACUUAAUUAAGACAAUAUUAGUAGUCGUGUACGAGAACAGUUGAGGAGAAUCAAUGCCCACAAAAAAUUCCAGUUCCCAUUUGCCUACAAAAUCCAGAGCUCCAGGGCUCAAUCGGAUCAACGGCUGGUUCUUUUCUAUUUUGUUUCUGGGUUUUGGUUUCUUGUUCUUCUUCUUCUUCAAGAACCCAACUCAAUCUCUUAAGGAAAUGGCUGAAGGGGUGCCCAAAUCUAUUUAUGAUAUCACUGUUAAGGAUAUAAAUGGCAACGACGUGAGCCUGAGCGCCUACAAGGGGAAGGUUCUUCUUAUUGUGAAUGUUGCUUCCCAAUGUGGACUAACUCAUGCCAACUACAAGGAAAUGAAUGUUCUGUAUGAGAAGUACAAGGAUAAAGGGCUUGAGAUAUUGGCAUUUCCUUGCAAUCAAUUUUUGAGCCAAGAGCCAGGAAGUAACAAGGAAAUUCAGGAGGUUGCUUGCACAAGGUUCAAAGCGGAGUUCCCCAUAUUUGAUAAGGUUGAAGUGAAUGGAAAGGAGGCUACUACUCUUUAUAAGUUCUUGAAAUCAAAGAAAGGGGGUUUUUUUGGCGAUGGUAUCAAGUGGAAUUUCACUAAGUUCCUUGUGGACAAAGAUGGAAAAGUUGUGGAAAGAUAUGCACCGACCACCUCACCUUUGAAAAUAGAGAAAACAAUACAGAGCCUUUUGGGGGUUGCAUGAAUUUAAGUGCAUUCUUUGAGGGACUAUAUUGCCGAUAAUGCGAGUACGUGAUCUUAUGUAUGAAUAAGGGGAUGUUUCUUCUAGAAAACUUGUAUAUUGCUGGAAAUUCAUUAGCUUCUUGUUGUAUGUAAGAAAUAUUAUUUAUUUUUAAUUAUUAGCUUUCAACAAUAAAGCUAUGUCUGCGAGCUAUAUGUUGACUCUUUUUUCCUCUCAUUGUAUGUAUAUCGUCAUGCUAAUGGCAUACUUUCCUGAUUUGUAAUGUGAUGCUGAAUAUUAGUUAUUUGCA